GAGUGUACAUGUGUGCGUAUGUCUAAUAAGUUAAAUGUUAAUGUAAGUUAAUAAUAAAAACAAAUAAAAUAAAAAAUACACCAGUUGUCGUGUAAUUAUAACAAUUGUAAUUAACAGCAACAGUACAAUAUAAAUAAAUUAAUUAAAAUGGCUGUUAUAAAUGAAGAAGAAUGGCAGGCUCGAUUCAUUGCAAUAGUAGAGGACGUAAUAAGUAAUCCUGUCAGGGGAAACGCCGCAGCAAAAAAAGCGUUGAUACUAGAAAGAUUGGAACCUAUUUUAAUUAAUCAACCACAAUUAAACAGAAUAUGUCAAAACACCAACAAUUCCUUCGUUAAAUCGGGUUUUCUUGAAUACGUAUUUUCCACUGAAUGUUACAACGAAAGUAUUAAUGAGGAAACAAAUGAUUUAGAGUAUCUUAUCAAUCUCUGUGGAUCUAAAUUAUUGCAAUUACAUGCUCCUGGCUAUACUAAUUCUAAAAUAAUGCAGUCAAUUAAAAAUACUUGUACAAGACUUCAAGCAAUUACCUUGUGCUUUAGAGAAAUGAAUAGCAAUGAUUUCAUCAAUGUAUUUGAUAAUAUACAGAAUCUUAGAAUACUAAGAAUAAAUUGGGGUUGUGUAAACUCAACUCUGCCAAUGACUUUGGUCAGAUCAUUGGAAAGCCUGGUUGGAAGUUUAAAACAUUUACAACUUAAUCGUACACACGCUGAUGAUAUAUUUUUACCAGAUUCAUUGGCUUCAGUAUUUCAUCAAUUAACUGUUAUAGAUAAAUUGUAUGUGGCAUAUUUUGGACUAAGUCAAAUUAUAAUUCAGUCGAUUAGUGGAAUGAUAAAUUUGACUGAUAUAAAUAUAUUCUUUUUUAAACUCAAUAAUCAUCCAUUAUUCGAUGAGAAUAUCGAUAUGUAUCCAAUUGGGAAUUUGAAAAAUCUUAAAAGUUUACACUUGUAUUGUGAUUAUGGAAUUACAGAUAGAUUUUUGAUUAAUCUUUGUAAUAAUGCAAAAGAAUUGACUGAUUUAAAUAUCAUCGGUACAAAUAUAUCAGAUAAUGGUAUGAUGGCAAUCAAUAAUUUGAAACAUUUAAAAAUAAUGAACCUUAAUUUAGAGAAAUUCAGAUUCGAAAGCAUAAAUAAAUUAAUUACUGAUCAAUCAAUUUAAUGUAUCAAGAAUGAACAACUCGAGACUAUGGAGCUUACUAAUUGCAAAAUGAUCACUAACAAGUCAGUGGCCAAGCUUCUUGAAAAUUUACCAAAGCUAAAAGAUUUAGAUGUCAGAUACACGGGCGUCAACCAUGAGUUGCCAAAUGUCUUAGAAAAGGCUCGGGGGGGACACGAACCGGUUAAUAUCUUUGUUUCAAUAAAAGACUAUGAUCAGAAAUUUGAGUCAUUAAAAUCUGAUCAUAUUACAAUCGUGCCUGAAAAUCAAUACAGUAAAUAUCCUACGACAGAUGAAUCAAGUGAAGAUGUUGAGCCUGAAGACGAAGAUGAUGGUUCAAAUGAUGGUUUAAAUGAUGGUUCAAAUGAUGGUUUAAAUGAUGGUUCAAAUGAUGGUUUAAAUGAUGGUUCAAAUGAUGGUUCAAAUGAUGGUUCAAAUGAUGGUUUAAAUGAUGGUUCAAAUGAUGGUUCAAAUGAUGGUUCAAAUGAUGAUUCAAAUGAUGGUUCAAAUGAUGAUUCAAAUGAUGGUUCAAAUGAUGAUUCAAAUGAUGGUUCAAAUCAUGGUUCAAGUGAUAAUUCAAAUGCUGAAGAAUAAAUUUGAUAUAUAAAUAAAUUUAAUUUAAUAUAAAUAAAUCAUUUGUCAUUAUUCAAUAUUUAACUCUUUAUUUAAAAUUCAAUAAAUUUUUUUUUUUCAUAAUUAUUAUAAUUAUUAAAUGCAUUUAUUUUAAUGAAAAUAAUAUUUUUAUUUUUUAAUCAUAAAUGCAUGCUGAUGCUUAGUUGAUAUCGAUGUGACUAAUAAAUAUUUUUUAAUGCAAAAAUAAAACAAAUAGAAAAAAAAAAUUAAAAAAAUACGACAAAGAUUUGAUGGAAAUCAUCUUUGUAUAUGGCGCCAUUCAAUAUUUUUGGAUAAAUGCCAAACAGAUGUUAAGUCCUUUUGAUGAUUUAUAUUUUUUAAAAGUAUAGGUAAUUAAUUAUCCUUACCAACAGCAUAAUAUAUUUUUUUUUUCAAGCAACUUAUUUGGUUGGGUAAUGUAUAAAAUAAUUCCAAAUAACUUUCAGAGCUUGGUAAUUUUUUUUAUUCGUUGAUAGUUUGAGAAUUGGAAAUCAAUGUUAGGUGCUUAUCAUGUUGAUUAUCUUGUUGUGUGUCUAUAUUUUUUUUCUUUUGACUUGAAAAAGUGACUCUGCAGUAAAAAAAUACCCUUCAAUCGUAAUUUUGAAUCAAGAUGAAGUUUAUCAGAUAUCGAUUGUAACAAAAUAAAUAAUGAAAAUAAUACUUCAAGUAUUUUUAUUUUAUUUUGAUAAAUUGUUCAGAAUAAUUUAAACAAUCAACACAUUGAUUUUUCAUUCUUGACACAUUGAUUUUCAAUUAAUCAAGAUAAUAAUGUUCAUUGGAUAAACAUAUGAAUGGGCAAUAAUUUUAAGUGAAAAAGGAACACUGGUGAAAAUAAAAAUUGCAAUUGAUGUUUUCAUUCACACAAUUAAAAUAAAAAAUGUCAUUGUGCAUAUUUCCCAGUAGAAUAAA